UGUGGUUCUAGCUUCUAGCGUCCUCCGCGGGCCCAGCGCGGGGCGCUCUGUGACGUCUUCGCUUCGGGCCUCCGCGCGCAGUGGACGCCAAGGCACAGCCCUAACAAGGCCGGGUCGCGCCCGCUGCGCCCGCGCUCCAGCCCCCCCUGCCUGGCACCGCCCUCGCCGCCCAGGUCCCGCUGCUCUCCCUCCGCCAAGGGUGCCAGGCCGUGGAGAUUUCGCAUACCUCCCGCCUGACUGCGGGCGGGAGGUGCCACCUGAAGCCAGACAGCCGGUUUCUGAGCCAGCCUAAGGGAUCGAACUCACAACUGCCUGCUUGCAAGGUCAAGCAAUCAAUGCCUCUGAUGGAUAGGCAAGUAUGCAUCCCCCCAGAGCUGCCAGAAUUGCUGAAGCAGUUCACCAAAGCCGCCAUCCGGACGCAGCCCCAGGACCUCAUCCAGUGGGGUGCCGAGUACUUUGAGGCCCUGGCUCGGGGAGAGAUUCCUCCAGUGCGAGAACGGUCGGAGCGAGUCCUCCCGUCCAGCUGUACAGAACUGACGCCUGAGCUGUUGAAGGUCCUACACACUCGGGUUGGUGGCAGACUGAUCAUCCAUGCAGAGGAGCUGGCCCAGAUGUGGAAGAUGCUGAAUCUCCCGACUGAUCUGUUUAAUAGUGUGAUGAAUGUGGGUCGCUUCACAGAAGAAAUUGAGUGGCUGAAGUUUUUAGCCCUUGCUUGCAGCUCACUUGGAGUUACCAUUGCCAAAACUCUCAAGAUAGUCUGUGAAGUUUUAUCCUGUGACAAUGCUGGUGGGCCUCCCCGGAUCCCUUUCAGCACUUUCCAGUUUCUCUACACAUACAUAGCUGAAAUAGAUGGGGAGAUCUCUGCGUCCCAUGUCAGCAGAAUGCUAAACUACAUUGAACACGAAGUAAUUGGUCCUGAUGGUUUAAUCAAGGUGAAUGACUUUACUCAAAACCCCAGGGUUCGACUGGAAUAAAAAUGCAGUGAAUUUUGGCAAUUUUAAAGGAAGAUACAGAGAUGACUGUGCUUCGGAAUGGCUGAGCCCAACACACCAUCCAAAGUCAGUUUUCUUGUACAACCGAUACACACUAAUAAACAUAUGAAAUCAGAAAUGUAUGGAAUUGAGAUGUAAAAUUGUCAGAACAAAACACCUAUGAUAUCAGGAUAUUAGUAUUCUUCCCAUGUGAAUACUGAAUAAAAGCAGCCUGUAGAACCUGCACUGAAGACGUAUCUCAACCCAAA